UUGUUAUGGUAAAUUAAUAAACAGCACAAAUUAUGUGAAUCAUUGAAAUAAUUUUCAUGUUUCACAGUGCUGGUGUAUAACAUGAAAAAAGAUAUAAUUUUAAAAAUGCAGAGAGAUGGUGAACAGAAUACUAAUGUUGUAAUGGAUUUUAAAAAGUGGAUUAUACUAUGGGUCAAGGAUUUUUGCAAUUGUACUGCACAGCAUGGUUAUAAAUACCUCGUUUUGCAACAUCAACACUGGCUGGAAAAGGUAUUACCGAAAAACGUGACACAUCAACAGAUUUUCAAAAACUUGCAGAUAGUAACACAACUGUUAAACCCAAAUAUUUAUGAGCAGAGAGAUGAUUUGAUUAACUUACAGGAGACAAUUGAUGCAAAUAAUAUUUCAGUCAGAAUGUUAACCAAAUACCUAGCUCCACAGUGCAAGCAACUCAUUGCUAACUGCACAUGGAAGGGACGCUUUGUACAUAAUUGCUAUAAGAUGUUCCAAGAUAUAACAACUACUGAAGGGCGUUGCUGUGCAUUCAACUACAAUGGAUAUCUGGAAGAAGUUAUGAACCAACAACAAAGUGUACCUGUAACUGGAAACAUAGAUGAAGUCCAAAGGACAAGUACUUGUGGCUUUCAAAUGGGACUAUCUCUUCUUCUGGACAACCAGCCACAUGAAUACCAUUCAACAGUUCUUGCUUCAAAAGGAGUGAAGAUUUUCAUCGACAAUCCUGCUGCAUAUCCCAGUGGAGCAGCUGCGGAAGUUGUAAUAUCAGUUGGAAUGCAAGUAUUUGCUGGUAUUUCAGCAAUUCAGACAUAUGCUACAGAUUCCGUGAGAGAUAUGCCAAGCAAAGUUCGCAGCUGUCAAUUUGAAGAUGAAGGAUUUUCAAAGGUGAUGAAAAUGUACACCUACCACAAUUGUUUCACAGAAUGUCAAAAGAAUAAGUCAGUUGCAUUGUGUGGAUGCCAUUCAUAUCAUUAUCCAACUACAGGUACUAGAAGAACAUGCAAUUUCUUGGAUAUUCCAUGCUUGUCAAAAAACAGAAAGGUACUUCAAGCCAUUCACAGGGGAAAAUAUGACAAAACAAUAAAAUAUGACAUUGAAUAUAAUGAUAAACCAUGUAACUGUUUGCCAGAUUGCUCAAGUCUCAUUUAUACUGUUGAGACCACAGCCAAUACUAUUUCAACAAACAGUUUACUUUCUUCAAAUUUACUCCUUGGAAAUUUGAGUCCUGAAAGGCACAGUGUCAUCCACAUAUUCUUCAUAGAUCUUACAAUUAAUGAAUAUCGAACAGAUAUCUUCCUUGAAUGGCAGGCUUUUGUGGCUACUGUGGGUGGAAUACUUGGCCUUAUGCUGGGAUUUAGCCUGAUUAAUGGUUUUGAGAUAGUUUACUUUUUCACACUGCGCAUUUUCUUUCAUUUAACUUCGCAACGCAAAUCUAACAAGAAGCCAACACAAGCAGCUGAAAAGUGCCUUACAUAUAAACAUCAUAAACAGAACCAGCGUACCACGCAGAUUACAUCACUUUCUUGAGUGCUGCCUACU